ACUCCUUUGGCCAGUCACGGGGCCAAAACCAGUGUUUGGAGCCACAGUGUGGUGGUGGAGGCAGCAGCAAUGGGAGGCCAUACAGCAACCUAUGACAAAAUGGAAACCAGCAGGAGCGUGAGGAGACCUGAAAGUGGCACAUGGCAGAGUGGGAGCAAUGGGAGGCGGUACAGGGACCCAGGUCACACUGUGGGCCCAGCAGCAGCGUGACCAGGCGGUACGGGGGCCCAUGGCCGAUAUGGGGCUUGGUGGCACCUAUGGAAGGCCUGUAAUCUGCCAGCAACCUAUGACAAAAUGGACAACCGCAGGAGUGUGAGGAGAUUUCAAAGUGGCACAUGGCAGAGUGGAAGCAAUGGGAGGCCGUACAGGGACCCAGGUCACACUGUGGGACCAGCAU